AUGCCAGGUAUCCGUGGGUUCCCACUUUCACUACUACCCCUUCUUCGCAUGCGCCCUUCGCGCUCUGGUCCUGUAAAUCAGGAGCAUGGAGCUGUCGCACACACUGGCCGUGGUUUCUUUCCUCAGGGCAAGCUCAAGGCCAUCUUCAGUAAGAAGGACAAGAAGGACAAGAAGGGCGCCAAGCCCGACGAGUCCAAGCCGGCUGACACCGCGCCCGCUGCCGCUCCCGCUGCCGCUCCUGCUGCCGGAGCUCCCGCUGAGGUCAAGACGGAGGAAGCUAAGCCGGCUGAGGCAGCUGCUCCUGCUGUGACCACCGAGGCUCCCGCCGCAGCCCCUGCCGCAGCUGCCACCGAGGCCCCUAAGACCGAGGAGGCGAAGCCCGCCGCUACUUCUUAA